CAGGGCGGCCAGCUCUGGCCCCGCCCCCGGCCGGCGACGCGCGGGGCGGGCAGGGCGGAACUCCGGGCAGAACUCCGGGCAGCGGGGCGACCGCGGGCUGCGCGCUUCCGGGCUUCGGGGCGCUUUUAGCCUCCCCGAGCGCGGCCGGAGCCGGAGGAGGGAGCGCGGCUGUUCCCUUUAACCCGGUCGGAAAACGGAGACCCUGUCUGUCGGACUGUAGGGCGGCCUCCGCAGCUCCAUGUCACGCUGUCUUGGCUUCAGAUAGAAGAGGUGGCCUGGAACCCAGCGCUGAGGGUGCUCUGCAGCCCAGGGUUAGCGACUCCCACCGAGGGGCCUGGGAUGGUGGAGACCAAGGACGUGCGGCAGCUGCGGCAGCUCAGCCUGGAGCUCCUGAGGCAGCUGCGGGCCGGGCAGGAGGCCGUGCGGCGCUCGGUGGCCAAGGCAGCCUCCGCGUCGAGCCUGGACUCCAGCAGCAGCUACGACUCAGAGACGCCACCCUCUCAGGAGAUGUCCUCAAUGGCCUCGAGAGCCUCCUGUCCACAGGAUGCCCAGCAAGGUGACCCCUGUGAUAUGUCCUGGCCUGGCGGGGCCAGCUCUGGGGGGAGCUCUCCCCCACCCACCAAAUGCCGACACCAGGAGUCCCUGGGGCCACUGAGGCCCCACUCGGCACCCUUGCCGGCCUCCUCAGACUCGAAUGACCCAGAGCUGUCGGCAGAGCUGGACAGUCUACUCCAGGAGGCACAGGCCAUGAGGUCCGCCCCGGAUCAACAAAGCAAGCUGCCCAAGCCGAGAGUGACCUUCAAGAAGGAGUCUCCAGUACCUGAGAGGAUCUGGCGCCUCCGACCGUACCUGGGUUACGACUGGAUUGCAGGGUCUCUGGACAACAGCUCUCCCGUCACCAGCAAGCCCGAGGCCUUCUUCUCUAAGCUGCAGAAGUUCCGGGAAGCCAACCAGGAGGAGUGUGUUUGCAGCGACCCCGAACCCCAGAUCCUGGGCCUGCGCGAGGGCGGUGGCGUCAAGGGAGACCAUGAAUGCGUCUACUGUUACCGGGUCAACCGGCGCCUGUUCCUGGUGCCUUCAGAUCCCGGCACCCCCUGCCGCCUGUGCAGGACACCACGGGACCAGCGGGGCCCUGAGACCCUGGCGGAGCCAGCGCAGGUCAGGGUGAGCGUCCCACUGUCCGUCCUGGACCCCCCACACCAGUACCGUAUCCACCGGCGGAAGAGUUUUGACGCCUCCGACACGCUGGCCCUGCCCCGGAUUCGGAGCCUGAGGCAGAGGGGACGUGACUUGUCCAAGCACUGCCUGCUGGGCUGGGACAUUCUCCCGCCGAAGCCCGAGAAAAGCUCAGCCCCCAAGAGCCUGGAUCUCUGGUCCUGUGUCUCUGCCAAGGCCCAGCACCGGAAGCUGUCAGCCACCAGCCCCUCCCGCCUGGUAGGGUCCAGGCUGCCCCGGGAGGGACAGAGGCCUUGGAGCAGGCCUGCGGACUGCAGAGUCCCCGGGAGCAGGAUUGGGGGGGGUACUGCAGAGCCUGAAAGUGUCUCUCCACAGGGGCCCGUCCCCCCAGCCCUGACCCCAAGCAUCCUUCCAGGGCCUACUACUCCCCGCCAGCUACUGCAUCCCACCCAGGAAGGCCCUGCCCACGCGGGUCCCACCUGCCACCCCGAUCUGGUCAGAACCCCAGGUCCCCUGACCCUGCGCCCCCCGGCUGAAGCCCUGAGGACUGGCCACUUGGAAGAGGACAGUGCCUCUGUCAUCGUCUCUAGCCUCUCCCCUCUGGCAGGGGCGCCCAGCCCGGCCUCAGCUGGAGUGGACUCCGGCCCCACCUCCUAGGCUGGGCAGGUGGCUGAGCCCAGGUCUGGCUCUUUCCUAGUGACAGCGAUGGGGGAUUCUGGGCUGGGGGGUGAGGGGAUUCUGUGACAUGUUUGUAAAUAAAGCUUGGCGCUCUCUCCAGCUCCAGGUUCCCA